AGGUAACAGUGCAUAUAACAAGACCAGUUGAAUUCAUGAGAGAACAUCAUCACCGAAUUACGAAUUUUCGUUCAUUCUGCGCAAGUUAGGCAGAUAAUGCGCAUGUGCUUUUGUGCGUUUUCUAUGAUGAACAAGUAUAUCCAGUGGUCUUUUAUUUUUAAACUUUUAUGAACCGAGAAUCACUUCCAAAAAUUGUACCUGUAAUGCAUUAUUUUAUAAAUUCUUAAAAUCUCAAAGUCUUCAAGUUUCAAAAGUCUCAAAAGAUUCUGAAAUUUCAAAGUAUUAAAGUCUCAUACCUUGAAAGUUUCAAAAUUUAAAAAUUGUAUCCACCAUGUAUAUGACCGAUGACGUAAGAAGUGAGUCACAGAAACGCGACGUGAGUGGCAGGCGUGCUAUAUGCACUCAUUCAUGAAAAAACGAGGAACAGCAGAAGCAAUGUCGUUCUAAUAAAAUUACUACUAAAGGAACCAUGGGUGAAAAAGAUAGGCAAAAUAAUCAUCGGAUUACCCCAAACACGCAACGGAAUGCGCCUGGUCGUAAUUGGGAAAUAUUUAAGAAUAUAGUAUUUAAUUCAUCACCGCUAGAGUCGAAUACUUCUAGCAAAGAAAAUGUUAAAAAGAAAUCAGUUUCCCAUCAGAAAGUAAGGAAGAAGCAUCAUUCCUCUAUAUUGAAUGAAGACCAUGUAACACAAUUUAAUGACGAAGAAGUUUACGAUGAAAAUAAGAAGAAACUGACUAAACACAUAGCAAUAGAUUGUGAAAUGGUGGGCAUAGGCGAUGGUACAGAGAGUAUGUUAGCUAGAGUAUCUAUUGUAAAUCGCCAUGGCUUUUGUGUGUACGAUAAGUAUGUAAAGCCAAGAGAACCUGUACAAGAUUAUAGAACUAAAGUUAGUGGUAUUCGUCCUCACAAUCUUCAGAAUGGAGAAGAAUUUGAGAUUGUUCAAAAAGAGGUAGCAGAAAUUUUAAGAGGCCGUAUUUUGGUUGGUCAUGCAUUGAAAUAUGAUCUUGCUGUAUUGUAUCUAUCCCAUCCAAGAAAACACUUACGUGAUACUUCAAGGUUCAAAACCUUUCGACAGUUGUCCAGGGGAAAUACACCCAGUUUAAAGAAGCUUGCAUAUGAAUUAUUAGGUAGAGAAAUACAAACAGGAGAGCAUAGUUCAGUUGAAGAUGCAAGAGCUGCAAUGCAAUUGUAUGUACUGUAUAGAAAUAAGUGGGAGUCUGAAUUCUAUUCUAAACGAUAACUUAAAUUAAAAAUGAGAUGUCUACCUCUAUCACUGAGAUGCUCUACAAAUCUUACAUAUAUGUGACAUCAUUUCAUUAAUUUAAAUACUUUUUAAAAGUAUUAUACUUUUUAAGCAUAAGAUUGUGGAUAAUCAACGAAAAUGUGUUUUAUAUCAAGUAUUGUAUCAAAUAAUUUAAUUCAAUUAUCCAUGAUUAUGAUAAGGACCAGUUUUCGAUAACUUCAUGCUCUUGACAAUAGUUAUAAAUUUGGAGUCAUGAACUUACAUGAACUAAGUCUAAGUAUAACUAAACUGUAAAUAAAAAAUUGUUAUCAAAGUGUAAACACUUGUGUUAAAAAAUUGCAAAAUAUAUUUCUUUUUCAGAUACAUCUCACGUGGUUAUUUAUCUUAUUUUAGUAAAUUUAAAAAAAAAUCGUUUUAUUCCUUUCUAUGCUACAGUUGUUAACUAAUAUGAGAGUAGUCAUGAUCACUGCUGGAUGGUAAUAUAUUACAAUAAAACGGACCAAGUAGGAGGCUUACUCAAAACAUAAUUAAUCCAUGCCACUAUGUAUUAACAGUUUUGGAUAAAUAGUAAAUUCCUUCUUCCCUG